AACAGCAGCUGCACUCCAGGCUGUAACGUUAACUGGAGACCGUUACCACGGCAACGCAGUUAGAAGUUUCAAACAGUGUCAGAGCUACUCCGUACAGUUCCUUGCUUUACUUCGACGAUGUCCGUGUAUGAUCAAAAAGAUCUCUCAGUUCCCAUGAGUGACCAUCUUGAAUCUACAUCAACUGCAGAAAAUGGCCAGAUCUCCCAGAUCCCAGGACUGUCCUCUUUCAGCUCUGUUCCUGAUGACAGGUUCCGAGGGCGGAGGGCCGGAGUCCUAGACAGUGACUCUGACUAUGUCAAGCUUGCUAAACAAGGCGGGCACAAGGGACUUUUGUGGCACGAGGCAACAAUUACUUCUAAAUGUGAUUCCUACAAACCUCUGGAAUGGUUCGGCACUGCAUCAAAAGGGGACGGCAUUUCAAGUAUAAUUAACAGUGAAGAGAAGAAAAACCCUGGAGCCUUUCAUCCAGCAGAGCCCCCCUUUGAGACCGACAAUAUGUCAGCCUGGGAGAGGGAUGAUAACAGCAGCAAUGGAAAAGAGAAGAACAACAAUGUUCAUUACUACCAUAUGGAGAAGAAGUUGCAGUCACCCAGUCAAUAUCAUGAGAGCAAAUUCAAAAGGAUAAUACAUGACAAAAACCCAGCUCCUGUGGACAUGUCCAAGCUGUUGAGCUUUGGUUACGCAGAAGACAAGAAGCCAACCGCCAAAACUGAUUUGUCAGAUUAGAAGACUGUCAGUGCCGUGGAAACUGAUAUGCUUGACAUCAAAUGCUUCUAACAGGAACAGUUGCCCUUCUCUACUCCUUUUUUUAUUUAUUUAUUUCCCACUUCAUACCGAGCCACAUCAAAUGUUUUACUAACUUGCAAUUGUUCUGUAUAAGAGGUAUAAGUCAAUUGUGAAAGUGCUUUGUUGAAUCAAAGCUAGGACUUUGAAAUGUUUUGUGCCAGUUAGUGGUGCCUAAAGUAACUGCAUUGUUUAAGUAAAGAUGGCACCAGUUAUUCUUGUGUUUGGUUUUUGUUGUGUUUCAAAAGGUAUAUAAAAGGCAGCUUUAAGGAAUUAAAGGUUUGA